AUGUCACACGGAGGAUUCAAAGUAACAGAGCUCACUGCUGAUAAGCUCGAUAGAGUGCAUCGUAAUCCUACGUUUGGAAAGAUUACAGAGGAUGAUGUCAAGUAUUUCAAGAGCAUCCUGCCUCCCACAUCCGUGCUAGAAAAGAACACUUGUCCUGAAGACCUCUACCUGAAAUACACUACAGAUUGGUAUAACGUCUUUCGUGCCAAUCCUGCCGUCAUUUUGCUACCUGAAACCACCCUACAAGUAGCUCAAAUUCUCAAACACUGCAAUGAACGACGUUUAGCCGUUGUACCACAGUCUGGUAAUACAAGUGCGGCUGGUGGCUCUGUUCCUGUGUUUGAUGAAAUCAUUGUGAGCACACACAAGUUGAACAAGAUUCGCAGCUUUGAUCCGUUGCGUGGUGAUCUCGUGUGCGAGGCUGGAUGUGUCUUGCAAGACCUGGAUAACUACCUGGUGGAAAGAGGAUAUCAGAUUCCUCUGGAUUUGCCUGCUCGUCAUAUGUGUCGCAUUGGAGGCAACAUUGCUACCAAUGCAGGCGGUAUCCGUCAAAUGCGAUUUGGCAAUUUGCAUGGCAGCGUCAUGGGCUUGGAAGUCGUUUUACCUGAUGGCACCAUUUUGGACAAUCUGAGCACAUUGAAAAAGGACAAUACCGGCUAUCAUCUCAAGAACUUGUUCAUUGGCUCUGAAGGUACGUUGGGUCUGGUGACAGGCAUCUCUAUCACCACUGCUCGUAUCCGACACGGUGUCAAUGUGUUUCUACUGGGAUUUGAGAAGUUUGAAGACGUUGUUCAAACCUACGCAUUGGCCAAAAAGGAAUUGCCCGAAACAUUGUCUGCAUUUGAGGUAUUCGACAACGAUUCUGUCAAUGUCGUCCGCCAGCAAAACUAUCAAGAACCUGCUGGCACGCCGUUCCCUAUCCAAGAUAACCACCAUGUCUACGUUGUGAUUGAAACUGCUGGAAAAGAAGCUCGAUUCGAGGAUCAGAAGGCGGACGAUUUUUUGGCUUUGUUGUAUGAACAAAAGCUGAUCAAAGACGGUGCUGUCGCUCGAACUGCAGCUGAUAGAGCUAGAUUCUGGUCAUGGCGAACCAAGUUGCCUAGGGCUAUUGUUCAGACCGGUCCAUCCUCCAUUCACUUUGACAUCUCCCUACCCCUGCCACUAUUGUAUACACUGGUAGAAGAAACCCGUGCCUGGGCUACAGCCGAGGGAUUGAUUCCCAACGAUAUCCUGGCAAUCUACGGCUAUGGCCACGUGGGAGACGGUAAUCUUCAUUUGACAAUCCCAGCGAUGCGUGAUGACCAAAAGCUGACUGAGAGGAUUGAUCGCUUUGUAUAUGAAUGGACAGCAAGAUACCAAGGAAGCAUGAGUGGCGAACAUGGUGUUGGUUUGAUGAAGGCACCUUAUCUCGCAUUCUCCAAAUCAGCGACCAUGAUCGACUCUAUGCGUAAAAUCAAGGAUUUGUUUGAUCCCAAUCAGAUCAUGAACCCCUAUAAACUAUUUCCAAGCAAAGAGCAAGAGGAAGAAGGGGAAGUCAUCCGUAGAAAGUUCAUGGUUGGUUGCUAA